UUUGUACUGUUAAUUCACUUUGUGUUCUACACCUCUAAAACUCGCAGUUUUAAAUAUUUUUAUACUUCGUGAUAAGCGGUGUCAUACUCCAAAGUGAUAUUGAUAAAUGUUUACCAGUAUUUUUUAUGCUAGUUUUACUAAAAACAAAUAAAUCUCCAUAGUCAGAAUGAAAAAUAAAUUAAUUCCAGCUAUUUUGCAGCCAUGCUUUCAAAAACUACAAGUAUAUUUAAGAGAGUGGAUAGCAAGAAAGCCGGGUACAGCAUUAACUUUAGUAAUUCUCUCUAGUGUACUGGUAUUACCGUUAGUUACAUCAGUGGCCUUAACCCCGUUUAUUAUUUUAUUAAACUUGAGUAAUUUCCUAGCUACAAAAGGUGUUAUAUACGUUCUUUAUAUGUUUCUCUUUCAAGUAAUUACACUGGCAGUUCUAUUAGCAGUUUUAUUUUUCAUUGCAUUUGGUUUUGCAACACUUUUAAGUUUACUGCAUUCGUAUAAAUUUCUUUAUAAAUAAAAUUAUCACAUUUAUAA